UGCGUGCUCCUUCGCCUCGCGCCCCGCCCCCUCCCCGGGCUCCUCGCGGCGGCGAUCCUGAUCCUCCUCCUCCUCCUCCUCCACCUCCUCCUCCUCCUGCUGCCGGUUGCACACGGCCUCGGUAGCGGCGGCGGGAGCGGGAGCUGCACGCAAGUCUGCCUGCCUGCGGCGUCGUCGUCCCCAGACCGGCUUCCCCAGCGGCGGCGCGAGGCCGGCGGGCUCAAGGAUCCCCCGCGCCGCGUCGGGGGAGGAGGAGAAGGAGGAGGAAGAGGAGGGAGGCGGCGGUCGCCGCCGGGGGGACCGGCGCCCCCCUGUCCGCUUCUCCGCCCUCCCCCUUCCCUAGUCUCUCUCUCUUUCUCUCUCUCUCCCUCUCCCUCUCACACACACACACACACACGCACGCACAUUCACCCAGACACACACGCACUCAUACUCACACUCGCACUCGCACUCGCACUCGCACUCCGGCCGGCGGGCGCUUCGGCUUUGUGUACCGAAAGAGGAUGGUGUAGCUUCCCCGGCAGCGCCAGAGCCCCGCCGAUCCCGGACGCUGCCGGUCUCUUGUCUCCGGAGCCCGGCUCCCGCCCCACCCCGCUCCGCUCCGUCCUCGCCCUCCCUCCUCCUCCGGCCGGGGAAGCCUCCGCACCGCCCGGCACCAUGAGUGAACAGAGUAUCUGCCAAGCAAGAGCUGCAGUGAUGGUUUAUGAUGAUGCCAAUAAGAAAUGGGUGCCGGCUGGUGGCUCAACUGGGUUUAGCCGAGUUCAUAUAUAUCACCAUACGGGUAAUAACACUUUUCGAGUUGUGGGAAGGAAGAUUCAGGACCAUCAGGUCGUGAUAAAUUGUGCCAUUCCUAAAGGAUUGAAGUACAAUCAAGCUACACAGACCUUCCACCAAUGGCGAGAUGCUAGACAGGUGUAUGGUCUCAACUUUGGCAGUAAAGAAGAUGCCAACGUCUUUGCAAGUGCCAUGAUGCAUGCCUUAGAAGUGUUAAAUUCACAGGAAGCAGCCCAGAGCAAGGUUACUGCUACCCAGGACAGCACUAAUUUGCGAUGUAUUUUCUGUGUGUUCUAUUUAGGUCCUACAUUACCUAGACAAAAUUCACAGCUGCCUUCCCAGGUGCAGAAUGGUCCAUCACAAGAAGAAUUGGAAAUUCAAAGAAGGCAACUACAAGAACAGCAGCGUCAGAAGGAGAUGGAACGGGAGAGGCUGGAGCGUGAAAGAAUUGAGCGAGAGAGGUUGGAAAGAGAGAGGUUAGAAAGGGAAAGACUUGAAAGGGAGAGAAUGGAGCAAGAACAGCUCGAAAGAGAGCGGCAAGAACGCCUAGAACGAGAAAGGCAAGAUCGAGAGAGGCUUGAACGGGAGAGACAAGAAAGAGAGCGGCAAGAACAGUUAGAAAGGGAACAGUUGGAAUGGGAAAGAGAGAGAAGAAUAUCAAAUGCUGCUCCAUCUUUCGACAACUCCCUGUAUAGUGCUCCACUUCCUGAAUAUUCCAGUUGCCAGCCUCCUUCAGCACCUCCUCCAUCAUAUGCUAAAGUCAUCUCAGCUCCAGUGUCAGAUGCCACUCCUGAUUAUGCUGUAGUGACCUCUAUACCACCUACUUCCACACCCCCUACACCACCACUACGACACUCAGCGACACGUUUUGCAACCUCUUUAGGUUCAGCCUUCCACCCUGUUUUGCCCCAUUAUGCUACAGUUCCUCGUCCUCUGAACAAAAACUCUCGACCUUCUUCUCCUGUGAAUGCACCCCCUUCUCAGCCUCCAGCUACGAAGCCUUUUGCCUGGUCUGCUUCAAACUUUGCACCCCUCCCUCCAUCGCCUCCAGUUAUGAUUAGCAGCCCUCCAGGCAAAGCUACUGGUCCAAGGCCUGUUCUCCCUGUUUGUGUUUCUAAUCCGUUGCCCCAAAUGCCUCCGUCACCUACUGCACCCAAUGGGCUUCCUGAUUCUGUAACAUAUCCAGCACCUUCACCGUCUACCUCAGGUCCAGCAGCUCCACCUCCGCCACCACCACCUCCAGCACCUCCACUGCCUUCCCUUCCGCCACUGUCCCACUCUGGACCUCAAGCUUCUCCUCCUCCAAGCACCCCUAUUGCCUCAACUCCCUCAUCCAAGCCUAGUGUUCUCCCUUCUCCCUCUGCAGCUGCCCCUGCCUCUGUUGAGACUUCUCUAAACUCUGUGCUGGGAGACUCCUCUGCUUCUGAGCCAGCCUUGCAGGCAGCCUCUCAGCCGAUCGAAACUCCGACCCAGCAGGGUGUUGUCCUGGGACCACCUGCACCUCCUCCCCCUCCACCACUUCCGCCUGGUCCAGCCCAGACUUCAGGAGCACUCCCACCUCCUCCUGGUCCCCCACCCCCACCCCCACUUCCAUCUUCUGGGCCACCUCCUCCCCCGCCUCCACCACCCCUUCCUAAUCAAGUGCCCCUUCCUGUUCCUCUACCACCCCCUGCCCCUCCACUUCCUGCCUCAGGAUUUUCUGUGGCAUACAUAUCAGAAGACAAUCGCCCUUUAACUGGACUUGCAGCUGCAAUUGCUGGAGCCAAACUUAGGAAAGUUUCACGGAUUGAGGACUCCUCUAGUCCAAGUGGAGGAAGUGCCACUGGAGUGAAUUCGACUUCAGCUAAAACAGACACAGGUCGUGGAAAUGGACCACUUCCUUUAGGUGGUAGUGGCUUAAUGGAAGAAAUGAGCGCCCUGCUGGCCAGGAGAAGAAGAAUUGCUGAAAAGGGAUCAACAAUAGAAACAGAACCAAAAGAGGAUAAAACUGAAGAUGCAGAACCUUCAGCUUCUAAGACCUCUUCGACAAGCACACCUGAACCAACAAGAAAACCUUGGGAGAGAACUAAUACGAUGAAUGGCAGCAAGUCACCUGUUAUCUCCAGACCAAAAUCUACACCAUCUGCGCAACCCAGUGCCAAUGGAGUGCAGUCAGAAGGGCUAGACUAUAACAGGUUGAAGCAGGAUAUUUUAGAUGAAAUGAGAAAAGAAUUAACAAAACUAAAAGAAGAGCUCAUUGACGCAAUCAGACAGGAACUCAGCAAAUCAAAUACUGCAUAAAAAAAAGUAAAACUAAGGAUAAGACUUUGACCCGAAAACAUAAAGUAACUACAUUUUGUGGGCUGUUAGAAGAAAAUGGAAACAAACACUUGGAAUGAGGGAAAAUCAACAUAUUAUAAAAGCUGUCACACAUCUACAAUGACCUGCUAUUAUUUCCCUCCCAGUUUGCUGCUUUUUUCUGACCUUUACAACAGGAUGGAAAAGAGUCUAAGAAUUACUGUAAUGAUUAUGCAGAAAAUCCUAUACCUGUCAGGCAAGAUCACAGUGCAUUGAAAUAUUCUCAUGUCAAGAUAAAAUUGCACAUUUUUCAGAAUUCAUUGUUAAAACAAAGAGGAGAAAAGUUCAAGAAGGCUUUUCAGAGAGGUUUUCAGUGUUAAUGAAGGAUUUAGCAAGUUAUUUUGUUGUACUGCAAAUGUUUCUCAGGUUUUGUCUUCCUGUCACAUUUGAUAUUCCAUGAAUUAUUACAUGUAUAGGUUCAGAUCACAAAACAUGGAACAAGUGGAAAUGUAUGUGUUUAUGAGAAGGAGUUAUUUGUAAGAAAGUGACCUAAACAUUGACUUGUCCAGUUUGGGGAAUUCUAGAAUGAUAGGAAGCCUCUCUAGUUAGCCUUCAUGCAGUUUUGUAGAUUAAAAACAAAAAGUACAGUCCAAAAUUCAAAAAUGUAGAUGCCUUCCUAAAUUGUUAAAAUGCUUUACCAAAUCUACAUGAUACAAUCAGUGGUCAAAUGUUAAAAAUAGUAUGUUAUAGGUUUACUGUAGGUUUCCAAGCUUUUUUUAGAUUUAUGCAUGUGGACAUGUAACAACCACCACAAAAUUUGUUUUUUGUUUUUAUUACAUAAAUCAGUGCACAUCACAAACAUUAAGUAGUCUUUCCACACCCAGCCCCAGGAAAAAAAAAAUUAUUUGUGGGAGGAAAGGGGGGAAUUAUUUUUCAUUUAAAAUUAAUUAUUUUUCUGCAAUAUAUUUUUUCUCAGACAUUUUGUGCAUGAAUAAUAAUGAGGAAUAUUUUGUGACUUUAAUCAGUAACCAUGUUAAUAGAACAAAGUACUUAAUCUUUCUUUACAGUUACUUGUAUCUUAGGUAACUUCAUGGGUCUGAGUUUCACAUCAUCUAGCUUAUCCCUGUGGAACUCAAAAAGUUCGAUCACUGAAUUUGGGAAUCAUUACAUCCAUGUCCUUGCUACAGUAAUAAAGAGUACAAACAUCCAGGUACAUAUUCCUGGCUCUCUCUUUGAGGCUACUUUUGAAAUUUGCUUUGAUAAACUAACAAGGAAAAGAAUUGUGAUAAUACUAGGUUCACAGAAAUACUGGGGAUAGAGAAGAUAAUGAAGAAUUCUACAUCAUUUUCUUUAGGGAAUGAAGUGAGAUUUUACUGGUGGAAAGAAGAAACAAUUAUUCUGCGUCUGUGUCUGUGUGUGUGUGUGUGUGUGUGUUAAAUCCACCUUCUCUUUCUUGCCUUUUUAAUUUGAAGCUGGUAAGAUUAAGUGGGAAAAAGAUUCCUGUGAAUGGCUACCAAUAGAAAUAUAAUUCUUGGGAAGUUUUAGUAAGUCAAAUUCCACUAUACACAACCCCCCUGCACCCCUCGCACCACCAGCUCCUCACCUCCCACCCCUACGUCCUCCUGCCAUAUCUUGAUUUAUGCUAAGCAGUUUUAGUGCCACAUUUGUUUUCAGGUCUGUAGGGAUCAGAAAUUUUACUAGAAUUUGGAAAAAUACUCACAUUUUAAUUUGCCUUUUAGAUUCUUUGAGUCUCAGUUUAUAGGACAAAAAGCUUUUACAUAGCAUAUUCCCCUAUGGUUAACCAAAGUAGAUCCACAGCACUUACCACUUCAAGGAAGGUUGAUAAGGGAUGUUCACCCCUUUCCCCCCCACCCCCUUUAAAAUGUUUCUUGCUUCUGUAGAGAUUCCAUUUUAAAGACUAGACUGUGGUGGAACUUAUCAUAAUAGUAUACAGUUCUUCUUUCCAGUGACUGUUCAUUGUUCUGCAUGUGAUAGUGAAGGCAUUAAAGAUAAAAAGCAAGCUUUUAAAGUACUGUUCUCUGUAAAAAAGUAAUAGGAGGCAUUUCAUCUUUGUUCACAUAAUUUUUUUAAGCACACAUUUUAUCAUUGAGAUUGUUUACACCCCCACCAAUCUGAUCAGAAAUCAUGUUUGAUUUUGUUAGAAAAGUUCAAUAGCCUGGUGGAAUAGUAUAUUGGGUACAAGUAGUCCAAGAGACUAAAAUACUGAAUCCUGAAAGAAACUGGUUUAUGCACUAAACGUUUUGUGCCUUGGUCAAAAAUUAACAUGAUUUCUGUAUAAAAGAAAAAAAACACCCAAUGUUUAUUCAUGCUACUUUUCAUCUAUCUUUUAUGUUAUCCCAGGUUGCUGAAUUUGUUUUUUAAAGGAAAUUUGAUUGAAUUAAGGUUUACUGUAAACAUUUGCUGUCAUACUGACAGUUAUGUCAUUGCCAGAGAUUUCAGUAAUUAAAGUGAGACAUAGAAGCUAAGGUUAUUUUCCUUAUUGUUAAAAAUUAAUGUCCUUAAAACCAGAAUAUUACAGUUUUUGUGCUUUUGUAAAUUGGAUGUCUUAAGCUGAGUACAGUUUAGGGGAUCCUUUCUAAUUCCAGGAAGGUACUGCUUUCUCAACACUGUGAUCUGAUCUGUGACAAAUCUGUACUAUACACUCUGUAAAUGGCUAACAAGUCAAUCGCAAACAAACUGAAUGUACAAAUCUUAGUGCUGGUGCUGAAAUCUCUUCAGAAGAGUCAUCAUGAUUUAAAAGUUUGUUGUUUAAAAAAUUUUUUUCCACAUUAAGUGUCAAUCAAAACUGAAGAUGAAACACUAAUGAAUGUUGAAUUUUCAUGCUUUAGGUGUACCUCCUUUUUAGAUUUUAUUUUUCAAUUUGUUCUCUGCUAUUUUUACCAUACUGUGUCAUUUAAAUUUCCUACAUGCUAACUUUUCAUUUGUGCGAUUAAAAUAAAAUUGCAAUAUAUACAUGUUGCAAUCACUUGUUUGUGACCCUUAGAUAACCUGGAUUAAUCCAUUAAUUUUAAAAUAAGCUCCAGAGAAUGUGAAAUACCUUUGAAGUCCCAUGAUUUCACUAGUUGAUGGUUUAUGUGUUAUUGUCCCUACUCUUUGAAGGAAAAGUUUUAUAGUAAAUACCAAGAUUGUAAAUGAAGGGAAUAUUUAACAGUCAGAAAUGAAAUCUAACAACUGCUUUUGAAUCAGACAUGGAUGUCUGUACUUGUCUGGCCUUUUCUUCCAGUGUAUCUUGACACAGUGUUUUACUCAAACAGCCUAAAGAUUUGUGCAUAUAUACUAUUCAUUUUAAUUAAUCCUCAUUUUGUGCUAGUGUUUUUUGCUUGUGUAUAUUUUUAAACUUCUAAAACUCAGUUAUCACCACAAAUUUACAUUUUCAAGUUCAGAGGGAAAAAUUAGUUUCGUAGAAAGAACAUUGUUAAGUAAUAUUCUAGUGAAACCUGUAUGUAGAAAGUUUUUCCAUUUAAUAUGCUUUUUCUUUAAAAAUCCAACAUUAAUAUUUUUGCUUUCACUUUUUUCAGGCCUUUGGAGAGUGUCACUGUGGGGUUUCCUUGUUAUUUUUUAAUUUCUUCCAUUUGUACCUAAUGAACUCUGUUAGAAAUAUAAUUAUAGUAUUUGUACAUUUCUUUUUGUCAGACCCAUAUUUUUUGCUUCUUUAAUUUUGUUCACAUCCAUUUUUUACAGGAGGGAGAGUCUCUACAAUUCCAUUCUGACUAUGUGAGCUCAGUAGCAUUAGUAAUAACUGAAUCUGCUACCAUCCUAAAGAAUAAGGCUUAUUGACAAAUCAGUCUUGUCUUAAAUGUCUGCCUGUAUAGAUAAAUUGAAUCCAUAAACAAAAUAUCUUUCAGUUUCCAAAUGUGAGCAUAGAUAAAUUUACCAUCAAGCUUUAAAGCCUCCUAAAAAACAUUUUGUGCAAGAACUUGAGUAUAACUCCAAAAAUUAUAGUAUUUUGUAAGCAUAAAAAUUCUGGUUCUGAAAGCACAAUGUGCAGAGGCAUCAUACAAUAUCUCAGAAUCCCUUAAAUAGCCCUUAUUACUCCACUUUCUUAAAGACAUUUACUCAGCAACCAUUCACACAAUUGUUUCUGAAAAACUGAGAUCCCGUUUUUGUUUUUAAUAUAUGGACUUGUAUCUGCCCGUCUCACAGAACAUGGAAGGAAAUUUAAAGUUGAAUAAUUUCAUGGGUGGUUGACUCCAGACGUGAUUCUGGAAAUUCCCUUUAAAAAAAAAAGGUAGACGAAUUCUUGGAAGAAGAUGUUCGAUUGUCAAGACUAAGUUUAUCUGGAAUUUUUCCUUCAAGGUUGUAGAUUAAAAAUCCAGUGAACACAGUUACUUUCUCCUCUGUUGGCCACCCAAAGAAUUUAGAAAUGAAUGCUCUUUUAAGUUGGUGUUUUAAGGAUAUUCUUAGUCAUAUGAGUCUGAAUAAAUUGGACUGUGAUAGAAAAGCUGCUAUUUUCAUAACUUCUCAGGAAAGAUUGUUGAUUGACAUGAGCCAUAUACAAUGUUGGAGUUAUGCAGUAUAACUAUUCCAAGGUAGGAAAUCUGUAUUAUUGUGGGUUAAUUAGGAGAGUUAAAAUUACUGUUGUCGGUUUAUUCAACUGUGGAGUGACCCCUUUCUCUCUCUUCCCACAUUGAUUCUGUCAUUUUUGGUCAUCUGAGGAAUGUUUUGACUAUGUUAAUGAAUAAGAGUAAAAUUGGCAUCAUCUCACAUAUGUGAUAAGAAGAAGAAACAAAACCAGGACUAUAAAUCAAAUUCAGAAUUAAUAGAAAAGGCUCAAGUAAGCAUCCAAUUUAGUCAGAUUAUUUGAGCCAAAAGAGAUUAAAUUCUUUAUAAAUAUAAAUGUUAAGGGUCAAGCCAUGCAAGAAGAAAAUUUGGUUUCAUGAUAGAUAAGGUAGGUGAAACUAGUGGUGAUUCUAAUAUCAGUAAGGAUAUAAGUUGCUUACAAGUUAAUAUCUAUUUUUCCAAGCAUUUUCCAUGUUAAAAUAAUAAAGACCUUGAGAAAAUU